AAUACACAUAUAAAAGUAGCAUAAAGUAAUUUAAUUUGUGUGGGAGGAAGGGAUAGGUUCACUUAAGCACAUAAUGGAGUGCCACAAUCAAUCUCAAAAGUUCACAUGUCCUACUCUUCUCCAAAGUGAGAACCAGGUUCCCAAGGUGCGAACUCCACAGACCUACAACCCAAGCCUCUAUAUAAAUGGAACUCAAACUUGGCUCCCACUCAGAUUCAUCUUUGUGCAUCUACAUCCAAGGGAGAGAUCUUUCCCUUUGUGUAAGAAGGUCCUAGGGACACCUCGGGAAGCUCUUCAGAAGAACCCCUCUUCUCCUCAGGUACACCAAGCUUGACAACGUGGUAAGAAUCUUUUAGAAUUAAAAUGGAAGAUUUAAACUUACAGAAGACAUUUGACCUGAUGGAGAAUUCUGUUCUCUGCCAUGUGGCAACAGAUAAACAAGAGAAGGAGGAAAUCAAAAUACUUCAGCCUUCAGUGGUUCCUGAGAGCUUCCAGGGAGAAGUUACAGAAGAUGAUGCUCAGUCCACAGAUCUCUUCAUUAAAAGACAACCAGAUCCUCUCAGUGGCAGUCAAUCAACUGAGAGAGAGGCCAGUGAUGGGGUAAGAAAGAGGAAGCAGGAACAUCCUGAUGAAGAGAAAGGACAGCAGAAGAGGUGGCGAGUCAGCAAACCUCUGAUGGAGACUCUAUGGGCACAGUUCAAAAGCAGGAGGCCUCUUGAACUCAGGGAUCGUAUCAGACUUUCAUUUGAGUUCUCAUUGGUUGACAAACAGAUCUCUAAAUGGUUAAAAAAAAAGGAGAAGCAGUAUAAAAAAUUUAGUAAGAAAAGGAGGCAUUGCUGUAAACACAGACACCCUCGAUCCUGAAGAGCAUUGAAGAUCAUGCACAUUUUAUCAUCUGCCUCAAGAGAAUUCCCUGAAGAUACAGAAGGAAUUUUAAUGCUCUAUUUGGAACCUCCUAGGUGACCAAUUAUAGGAUACUGAGCAGGCCCUGGUUUUGCAUUGCUUUGAUGAUACAUUUCUUUUUUUAAAAAGAAAGUUAUUUUUUUAUUGUCCAGCCUUAAGAAAAUGAUGGAAGAGAUGUCAGUAAUGAAAAUGAAGCUUAAAACUAUUUGUGAAUACAUUUUUAGGGGAGGAGACUUGGUUUUUAAACAUUUACCAACACAACACUUAGGGAGCAUCCAUUAUAUGCCAAAGCAACUCAUUUCACUU